AUGGAUCCACCUCCCAAGCUCACCGAUUUGCCAACCGAGCUUCUAAGCCUCAUUUUCGAAUAUCUCGACAGCGACUCGCUCUUCUGCCUAAGCAUGACAUGCAGGGUCCUCCACUACGCGGCUCUAGCUGCUUUCUUUGAGGGAGACGACCAGAAAGGGCUGGCGAAUGGUUGGGUGUUUCUCCACAGGGCACCGACCGCAAGGAAGACUUUGCAGGCCUUACGAAUGGCGCUGUUCGUCGAGAAGCUCAACCAAAUUCACUAUUUCCUCAAUCCUGGGUUGGACAACUUGUUGGGCGAAGUUCGUGAGCUUCGUAGGUUGGUGGCACGACUGCUCUCUGUCGACGAAGUGAGGUUACACUUCUUAACGUUUGACUACUGGUUGGAGGACAACCCCCCACUUACCAGCGAGGAGAGGCCUACGUUAGAUGUGGACAUAUGGAGGAAAGAGUUUGGCAGCAUGCUGGACCAAUUUCUGGUGAAGGGGUGCAAGGAGUUGCACAUCACAGGUGGUUCCCGAAUCAGGACGAUAUACACAUACCCACGAGAAACGAUGAAGCCAGUCAUACCGCCUACCGACGUCGAGCAACUGCGUUCUAAGCUUGCUAGCUCUUUCCAACUAUUGAAAGCAAGGGAAGCAAAGCUGGCUUCCCGAACUUUCUUUGGGGCGUUGAGGCGCAAGUUCACUUCCGUAUUCUCCAAUGCAGUGCCUGCGAAGACGCCUCUGCAGGCUACAAUACCACUGGAAGAAUCCGCGAAGCCGCCUCCCCCCGUCACCGGUGUCCCCCAACCGAUAUCGAGCGACCCAGGUGUCAAGUCUUCUCUCCAUAAAUUCUACGUGCACUGCGAAAUGCUGCUACAACCCCCGUUCCUAGAGUGGACUCUGUCCACGCUCCAGCUCAACGGAGAAUGCAUCACCACCCUCUCCUUCAAAGGCAUCGACAUUCCAUGGGAGACUUGGUCCGAUUUCUUCGCAGCCCUCACCUUCCCCUCCUUAUCCGAGUUCGAAAUCACAUCCCGCCGCUUUAAGCGACCACAAGGGCCCGACUUUUCUUGUAUCGAAUCCUUCCUUGUCCGCCAUCCCUCAAUCACCGUUCUCCACCUUGACGGCCUCCUCACCCUGUCCACCUUCCCGCCUGCACAAGAAAGCAUCCUUCCGAACGUGGUCAAGCUCACCGCACAUCCUGCAUACAUCAGCUGGCUUCUCAGCCCACCCAAUUCAUUGCCUUCCUUAGGCUCUAUAACAAUUUCCUCAGAAUAUUCUCUUAGACCGUACUUCGACUAUGCCCAUUUCAACGAUGCACUCGUCUCAAUAGCUCGGAACGCCGGGCAAGUUGAGCUUGGUAUCCAGUUCAGGUCCGAGAAGGGGAUGGAUGCUUGGUUGCAGGACCACGUCGACAUUGGGUGCGAAGUAAGCGCCGUCUCUCAGUUGACUAAGAUCAAGAACCUGGCGAUCUAUUCGUCUUGGUGCGGUGAUUUUUCAAAGCGGGUUGCGAUGCUCACUAGAAAGUUGGAAGCAAUCGUGCGGCGUGGAGGCUUGAUCACUUGUACAGGUCAAUCAGUUCUGCAUCUCAAUAUUGAGCCCGCAGAUUCUCUGAAAUUCCUUUUUUCUGAAAACCUGGCAAAGUUGUUGUCCAGUUUCUCUCGUCCGAGUCUCAUCCCCCCGUACCUCCUGGUACCAACGUGGGCCUGGAACAUGUCAAUGGAUGUUAGGUUCAUCAAUUCCAUCGGAUGCCCCCUCAACCAUUUAUUCUGCCUAGACCAGGCAUUUUCUUACGACUCGAAAUCCACGAUGGAUACACCUCCUAAACUCACGAAACUCUUGGAUUUGCCAAACGAGCUCCUAGGCCUAAUUGUCGAAUAUCUCGACAACGACUCGCUCUUUUUGCUGAGCAUGGCGUGCAGAGCCCUGCACUACGUGGCUUUACCUGCUUUCUUUGAGCAGAACGACGUGAAAGAGCCGGCGAGUGGUUGGGUGGUUGUGUACAAGGCGCCGAGACAGACGUUGCAAGCACUACGAAUGGCGCUGUUCGUUGAGAAGCUCGACCAAAUCCACUAUUACCUCAAUCCUGAGCUGGACAGAUUGUUGGGCGAAGUUCGUGAGCUUCGUGGGUUGGUGGCACGACUGCCCUCCGUCGACCAAGUGAAGUUGCACUUCUCAGUGUUUGACAGCUGGUUGGACCGCUCCCCACCCAUUUACGCGGAGAGGCCUAUGUUAGAUGUGGACGUGUGGAGGAAGGAGUUUGGUAGUAUGCUGGACCAAUUUCUGGUGAAGGGAUGCAAGAAGUUGCACGUCACAGGCGGUUCCCGAGUCUGGACGAUAUACGCACACCCACGAGAAACCAUGAAACCAGUCACGCCGCUCACUAGGGACGUCGAGCAACUGCGUUCCAGGCUUGCUAGCGCUCUCCAACUAUCGAAGGCAAGGGAAGAAAAGGUGGCUUCCCGAACGUUCUUAGGAGCGUUGAGGCGCAAGUUCACUUCCCUAUUCUGCAAUGCAGUGCCUGCGAAGACGCCUCUGCAGGCUACAACACCACUGGAAGAGCCCGCAAAGCCGCCUCCCCCCGUCACUGCCGAUGUACACCAACCGGUAUCGAGCGACCCGGGCAUCAAGCCUUCCCUCCACGAAUUCUACGUACACUGCGAAAUGAUGCUCCAACCCCCAUUCCUAGAAUGGACUCGGUCCUCUCUCCAACAUCACAGAGAAUGCAUCACCACCCUCUCCUUCAAAUGCAUCGACAUCCCUUCGGAGACAUGGUCCGAUUUCUUCGCAGCCCUCACCUUCCCCUCCUUAUCCGAAUUCGAAAUAACAUCCGACCUCAUUGUGCGACCACAAGGACCCGAGUUUCCUUGUAUCGAAUCCUUCCUCUCCCGCCACCCCUCCAUCACCCUCCUCCACCUCCACGGCCUCCUCAUCCCGUGCACUCUCCCCCCUGCACAAGAGGGCAUCCUUCCGAAUUUGGUCAAGCUCACCGCUCAUCCGGCGUACAUCACCUGGCUUCUCAGCUCACCCGAUUCAUUGCCUUGUUUAACCUCCAUCACAAUUUCCUCGGAGUAUUACCUGACACCGGACUUCGACUAUACCCAUUUCGACGAUGCACUCAUCUCAAUAGCGCGGAACGCGGGGCAAGUCGAGCUUGGUAUCCGGUUCAGCUCUGAGAAGGGGGUGGAUGCGUGGUUGCAGGACCACGUCGACAUCGGGCGCGAAGUCAGCGCCGUAUCUCAGUUGACUGAGAUCAAGAACCUCGCGAUCCAUUCGUUUUGGUUCGUGGAGUUUUCGGAACGUACGCUGGAGAUUCUGCCAGAGUUUCUGGCGCUGUUUCCUGGACUUGAACAUGUUAGGUUUGUGGAGCAGCCUGAGGUGAACGAGCAGGCUAUGUUGCUCGGGGGUUUGGUCAAGGCAAUCGCGUUGAGGUGCCCCCGCAUCAAAACUGUACUGAUAAAUAGGUUGCCUCUUCAGAGUUUGGUGUGACGGUACAGAAGUCAGUUAUACCCUUGUUGGCCGUGAUGCGGACCGUAGUCUAUGAAUGGACAUUGGAUACCUGUACGAUGCUCACUAGAAAGUUGGACGUCAAUUGGAUAUGUAUAGUACAAUGUAAAUACAGCUGCAGUUUUACUUCUUUCUUUGUCCCG